GAAAUCCUGGAUGCAUUAUGGCUACUGAACCGAGACCCAGCGGCUUAGUGCCGCGCACACGGACAAUCGUGUCAGCCUGCGAUACCUGCCGACGGCGCAAAUUGAAGUGCUCUGGGGAACAACCUUGUCAGCGCUGCCAUGCAGGUACCGUCAUUUGUACCUAUGGAAGCGCGACUGCGCGGCUUAGGCCUCUCGACUAUAUUCGCCAGCUUGAGUCCAGGGUGGCAGACCUGGAGGCUCAAUUGGCGGGGUCGACUCCACAAACUAAUGAGCAUACGGCCGUAUCCCUCGGUCUCUCAGAUGCAAACCCACAACCUGGUUCGAGCCAAACCCACCCAAACGCUAUUGAUACCCUCGUCGGACCCGGGGAUGACCUGCUGUCUUCCUUCGACGGAUCCGAGACCUAUCAUGGGGCAUUCGCGAGCCUAAAUGUCUUGCGGAUUGUGAGAGAUAAAUGCGACAGCCUUGCUAACAUCAUGGCUCCUCUUUCGUCUGGAGAGAUCCUGGCUGAGGCCUUCUCCAAAGACAGUGCUCCGUUUUCUACUGAACAGGCGAUGCCACUGCCCGUUGAACUACCGGACUUGGCAGAGUGUCGACGACUUUGCUACCUCGCCAUCGAGGAAGCGCUGCCAUGUCACGAAUGCAUUGACCGCGAGGCAUUCUUUGCUGAACUCGUCAGAGUACAUGUAAAACCGCAAGGCGAGCUUGAUCCUAGUGAUCGUGCCUUUCUGGCGCUGGUAUUGGCAUUGCUGGGAUUCGCGAAGCGAUAUGGUGCAGACAAUCAUAGCCCAACGGAGGGACAUUCGAACCAUGAUACUAUACUACAGGGGUGGAGAUUUUAUGAAUCAAGCCUGCAAAUGCUUCAACUGGAUGACCUAUGCAGCCUGGACAUUUUAAGAGCCAUCAUAUACCAGGUUCUGUUCUUGGCAUCAAGCUGUAUGCUAUCUAAAGCCUACACACGACUGUCGAUCGGAGUGGCCACCGCACUACGUAUAGGUUUGCACGUGUCGGGCCCAUCGUUAGGCCCAGGUAUGCAAUUAACCGCCGAGCAUCUGUUUCGGCGGCGACAGGUCUUCGCGGUGCUCUAUGCCAUCGACACCUAUCUCGCCAGCACGUUGGGAGUUCCAAAGCUCUUCCACCAAGUAGACACUGACCAGAUCUUCCCCCUGCGUCAGGAGAACCUCCACGACCAUGGUAUCUCAUUCGCACGACAAAAUCCACAUACGCCCGAGGCAGAAACCCUCGUCAAUUGCCGAAUAUUGAUAAUCCUGGCAGAGAUACACACGCGUCGAUGUCCGUUCGGCAAAGCGAUGACGCUGAAUAGUAACAGCCGGACAUACAGGCUGACCAGUCAGGACGUUGCUUCACUGGACGCGCAGCUCACCAAGUGGUAUAACAGCCUGCCGCCUGUCGAUGAGAUUCCUUCCGUGAAGCGGGCUUUGCAUGCCCAGUUGGCCAUUCGUCAUACAUAUGCGAUAACACAGAUGGCUCUUCACCGGCCAUUCUUGCACCAUCUAACCCGCAAAGCAGACGACAAUAGCUUCAGCAUGGAGGGUUACGCAUAUGCUUCGCAAUGUAUCACUGCCGCCAUGCAAUCAAUCUGGCUACUCCAACGCCUGGAUGACCAAGGGCUUCUCCAUGAGUCCCUUUGGUUUUACAUCUCCUCGCUCGCAUUCUCAGCUUGCUGUUUAAUAUUUUUCGUGUUAGGCAGUCCUUAUUCUACCACCGUGCGGGAUGCCACACAAGCAGCAUUCAUGGCGCACGGCUUGUUGGAAAAGCUGGGACAGAAGAAUGAGACAGCACAGCGUUGUUUUGAGUCAAUUGACUUCUUAAUGGCUCAGGCGAAUCUGGAAGUAAAUCAACAGAACCAAGCGCCAGAUAGUUAGUGAAAUGUUUGACGUUACUUUGUGAUCAGAAUUUAUCCCUGCUCACGUUUGACGCACGGUUGCUGUCUCGAUGAUUAUGAAACAACUUAGUAAAGAAUACUAGAUAUGCCAUAUGCAUAGUUAACUUAAGCUGCUUU